AUGCCCGUCAGAGUCUCCAUGUCGGACGACCCGUUCUCAGCUUUGCUGGCCCCGCCCCCGGAUGAAAUGCCCGCUGAGCGGGCGGCAAGGUUGCGCGAGGAGGAAAACGCAAAGCGCAUCUCAGAUGCAAUCGACGAGGAGAUUAGCCGCCAGAGAGCAGAGCAGAGACGAGAGAGAUGUGUCAAGCGCCUGACAAUGUCCGGGUGCACAGGGAAAUCCACUACUCUGAAGAACUUCCAGCUCAUGAACUCCAGGAAGGCGUUCCGUGCCGAGAGAGCUCAAUGGCGAACCGUGAUCCAGCUGAACAUCGUCCGCUCCUUCCGCCUCAUCCUCGAGGCCAUGGCUGAAGCCCAAGCCGCCACGACAUCGCCCGCGACCUCCUCCCCCUCCGUCUCCCCGCGCCUGCGCCCCGCCGACGACCCCGACCCCGACCCCAACAUGCCGCACCUCACGUCCGAGCUGCUCCUCCUCAAGAUGAAGCUGUCGCCGCUCAUACAGAUCGAGGAAACGCUCCUGCGCGCCCUCGACCCGGAGGGGUCGUCCGUGUUCGGCGCGCCGUAUCUCACCGCGCUGACGAACCUGCCCAAUCCCGAGCGCCCCCGCGGCAAGGGCGUGAAGGAAAUUGCAGUGAACUCGUGCGCAUGGGGGACCAAGUUCAGCCGCCUGCUGAGUGGCGAAGCGAGGAAUAGCACAGAUGUGAGGGAUGAGGGCCUCGAGCCCGACGAACCCAGCCAUGUGCUGCAUGCGUGCAGCGAUGAUAUGAUUCGCUUGUGGAAGGACCCAAUAGUAAGGGAGGUGUUGGAUCGGCUGAAGCUGAGGCUGGAGGAGAUGCCUGGCUUUUUCUUAGAUGACCUAGAGAGAGUGACUGACCUCAACUACAUGCCGUCGGACGCGGACAUCGUCCGAGCAAGGAUCAAGACUCUCGGCGUUACAGAGUAUCGCUUUACGGUCAAAGGCGGUUUGUACUGUAUUUCUCCUUUCGUCCCACGCAGUCUCACGAGCAAUGCAGUCGGGAACUCAAUCAGUCGCGACUGGCGCUUGUAUGAUGUUGGCGGUCAACGAUCUUGCACAGCUGCCUGGGUACCGUUCUUCGACGACAUGGAUGCCAUCAUCUUCCUGGCGCCCAUUAGCUGUUUUGACCAGGUGCUCGAGGAAGACCCGUCCGUGAACCGACUAGAAGACUCGGUUUUAUUGUGGAAAUCGAUCGUCUCCAACCCGGUCCUCGCCAGAACGAACAUCAUCCUCUUCCUGAACAAGUGCGACAUCAUGCGGCGCAAAUUGGCGGCCGGGAUCAAGCUGUCGAAGUACAUCGUCUCGUACGGCGAUCGCCCGAACGACUUUGAGAGCACAUCGACGUAUCUGCGGAGAAAGUUCGCACAGAUACAUAAGGAUCACUCUGUGCAGAAACGAGAGUUUUACGCGCACUUCACCUCGGUAGUUGACAUCGAGGCGACGACGAAGAUCCUCGCCGAUGUACAAGACUCAAUACUCCGUGCGAAUUUGAGAGGUACAGGCCUCAUACUGUGA